AUGUUCCAUUCCAGGGUUGGACAAACAUUCUCGGUUCUUCUUCUUGGUGACAGUGGCAUAACAAUUGUUGCAUAUAGUAUGGUUCAAUUUAUGUUUUUGCUCCUACUCCUAUCUGAGCUAGUGUUUGCGUCUUUUGGUGCACCAUUUAGAUUCUACAAAGACGCAAAGAAGUUCUAUGGAUGUAAAGCUCAAAUUUCAUCAGAAGCUUUAUUUUGCCCUAAGCCCAACAGCUAUAGGUGCUAUUGUUCCAAUAAGAAUUAUUUGGCCACGGUUGCUGGAUGUCUCAAUGAGGUUGGUCCAUCUGAAGAUGCCAUAAAUGGUUUUAUUUUAUAUUGCAAUGAUAAAGGAUUCAAUUUAUCGGACAUUUGGUUCAAUAAUUCUCUAAGAACAUACAAGAAAAAGGCAAAAUCUGCAUCUGAGAUUAAGAAUUUUCGCCGAACUUCAGUGAUACAUGUUCCCUUGAUAUUGAAUGGUUCAGAAUUACAAAACUAUCAAAAUACCUAUAAUCUUUACUAUUCUAACUUUGAUAAUUCUGUUUACUAUGGGGGUAUUUGUGUAUGCUACUGGCUAGUGGUUUUGUUGAUUGCAGGAAUUAUUCAUUGGAUAAAGAAACUAUUCCCCAACGUAGUCAAGCACUGGACAGACCUUGUGACUAAUACUUGGAGACGAUACAUUACUUCUCCAGCAAUGUUCCGAAGAAAGAGGAACGAACAACAAAGUGUUUUUAAUGUCGCUUCCUAUUUGGUUCCAUCAAGAGCAGAGUCUGCGGUUAUCUUGUGUUUUUAUGCGGUGGUAAGUGUUGUGCAUAUUUACAAGUCAGGUUCAGUUGCAAAUGAAAGAAAGUACAAUAGUCAGUGGUUAUCUCGCUUGCGUAUUGUGUCCGAUCGGGCGGCUAUAGUCUCUAUUAUAUUGAUGCCCUUGAUGAUAUUAUUUGCCGGUAGGAAUAAUUUUCUUCAGUGGUUGGUAGGAUUGAAGUACAGUACAUUUGUCGCAUAUCAUAGACAUUUAGCAAGGGUAAUUUUUGGGUUAAUUUUGACUCAUGGGGUUGGGUUUUCCAUACUUUUUGGAAAAUUCUACAGUAGUGUAAUGCGAGAACCCUAUAUUAGAUGGGGUGUUGGUGCAAUGGUAGCAGGUGGGAUCAUCAUGGUACAAUCAUUGUUGUAUUUGCGGAGAAGAUGGUACGAAAUUUUCUUGAUUGGCCACAUUAUUUUGGCAAUGAUUUGGACAAUUGGUACAUUAUUUCAUGUCAGAGCCAGAGGAUAUGUAUUUUUUGUGAUUCCUAGUAUUGCAAUAUGGGCGGCUGACAGGACUAUUAGACUUGGUAGAUUGGUUUCGUUUGGUCUUCCUGUUGCCGAUGUUGCAUUGCUUUCUGACGAUACAAUUCGUGUCUCUGUUUCUAAACCAAAUCACUGGACAGCAGCACCUGGUGGACAUGCCUUUGUUCAGUUUUUGCGACCAACAAUCUUUUGGCAAUCGCAUCCAUUUACAUUUAUUGAGACACCGGAUGGUAAUAGUAUUGUUUUUUAUUGUAAAAUAAAACGUGGCAUUACAUCAGGAUUACAUCAAUUCUUGGAUGAGAUACCAGACAAAAGUGCUAAAAUAAGGAUUGCAGUAGAGGGUCCGUAUGGAGGGGAAACUAAUGCUAAAAAUUCCGAUACUGCUGUUUUCAUCGCUGCAGGCAAUGGGAUCCCUGGAUUGUAUUCGGAAAUUACUAGUAUUGAUUCGCAACAAAAUCAGAAAUUAAAACUAGUAUGGGUGGUUAGAGAAUGGAAAAAUCUCAUUUGGUUUUAUGACGAAUUGCUCCAAUUAAAGAAAACCAAAAUUGAUACAACAAUAUAUGUGACUAAGCCAUGGGUUGAAAAUCCACAAUUUGUUGAGAUUGAUACGGAAAGAUUGGUACAAGAAAUCAAACUGAAACUUUGUCACAUUAGUUUUAAACAUGGCCGACCUAUUUUAAAAAAUUUGAUUCGUCAAGAAGUGGAAGGUUCACAUGGGUCCAUAUCAUUUGUUGCAUGUUGUAAUCCUUCGAUGGUUGAUGAGAUCCGCUACAAUGUAUGUCAGCACAUUGACAAUCCCCAAAAGAAGAGAGUUGAUUUUUAUGAGCAGAUACAAAUUUGGGCGUAA